AUGUCCCAGUACCCCCACAAGGAGGAGGAGGCCUCGCCAGUGUCGCCCUUGACACCCACCUUGUCACUCGCCGAGGGCGCAUUCGAUCGAAACCCGGAAUUCAGGCCGCUGCCCUCGCCCCUCGGGGUCAGCGCAGUACCAUAUGUUACCCGACCAGAUCCCGUUCAGGUCCCGAGGGCGCCGGACCACGUUGGCGCCUCUAGGACGGUACAGACCUGGGGGUUGGAGAGGGACAGUCCCGAUGUGACGCCGGAGCAGAACCCAGGACACCAGGGAGUCCUCGACACCUACUUCUACCCAGGUCAUGGCCAAGUUCAGCAGCAGCAACAUCAACAACAAUAUUAUCCGAACAGCACACUGCAGGCAGCGCCUCCGACGAUAUACACGAACAACUUACCAUAUCAGCCGAACAACUCACCAUAUCAGCGAUACCCCUCUCCGCAGCAGAACGAGAAGGAUGGUUGGAUCGACGACAAGUCACCCUACGACGGAAAACUACCGAGCUACGCCGGUACCUGGGAUAUGCUUGGCGGGGUCUCGCCGACCCAGCCGCCCCCGCCACCGGGCGUGUCGCAGGAAUAUUCGGGCAAGCCGCCCGUGGGCACGUGGGCGUAUCUGCGUAGGGACGGGUGGUUUUACGAAGUUGCGGCGCUGAUCUUCAGCGCCGCGUGCGUGGGCGCCAUGGUGGGUGUUUUGGCUGCCAUCAAGGACCGGCCGGUGCGCGAGUGGACGGCGGUGACGGUCAUCACGCCCAAUGCCGUCGUGUCGCUCUUGUCGACGCUGUGCAAGGCGGCGCUGUUGGCGGCCGUCGCCAGCUGCAUCGGCCAGCUCAAGUGGCUGCACUUCGGCUCCGAGCCGCGCCGGCUCGCGGAUCUCGAGGUCUUCGACGGCGCCAGCCGCGGCCCAGCUGGUUCCCUGGUUAUGUUCUUCCACGGCAGCACUAGGAGCAGCGUCGCCGCUGUGGGCGCCCUGCUCACCAUUGUCGCACUGGUCGCCGACCCUUUCUCGCAGCAGAUCAUCGCCGUCACCACGCGCCGGGUUGUGGCGCCAGCGGGCGUGGCAUUCUUUUCGUCCUCGACCUUCUACGACUCGGGGGCGACUGUGAGGCAGCAGCGGUCGUUCAAACCAGAAGCUCGGACGGUGGACGCCAACAUGUAUGGUGCCAUACUGGACGGUAUUUUCAGCGCGGCGCCACCCACGACCGAGUUCGAGUGCUCGACAUCGAACUGCAGCUGGCCCGGCACCUACGGCUUCCUCGGAGUCGUCUCGUCGUGCGCCAACGUGACGCUCGAGACGCCAGCGGUAUGUAACGGAAGUGCCACCGCCGGCGACACGGCGUGCAGCUAUACGACUCCGAGCGGCAUCGUGAUCAACGCCAGGCAAUACCGGGAAGGCAGCUUGUUGCACUCGACAAUACUCAAGUCGGUGGUCGCCCCAUCCAACUCAGCGGCCCAGCCCGCCUCCAUCGUCAAGUAUGCCGUCUGGAAGAGCACGCCAGACGGGUGGCUCGCGGGGGCCUUUGAAAUCACAGAGUGCUCGCUCGAGUUCGCCGCCAUCUACUACGCCGGCGUCACGGUGACGAACAACGAACUGGCCGUGGGCGCCUCGGCCGCCUUUGCUCUCAGUGGGUCCGAUCAGCCAGAGAACGACGUUUCGGGCCGGUCACAGCCCAUGUUCCGCUUCACGCCGGACCUCGGCGUCGUGCUGACGGAGCGGCGCGGCAGCCGGUCCAACAGCAGCAGCAGCGAGGGCGUCAACGGGUGGCCGGCCGGGGACGCGCAGUGGCGGCAGAGCCUGAGCCCGAUGACCAUGGGCGUGGGGCUGAGCGACCUCGCCGAGGCGCGGCGGCUGCUGCGGGACCACGUCUUCACGGCCAGCCUCGAGGACCCGAUGCCGACGGACCCGGCCAGGGAGCGGGGCAUCGCGCGCAUGGUGCUCAACUCGGUCGACCCGGCCGAGCUGUCGCGGCGCGUGGCGCACGCCAUGACGGAGCGGAUCCGGCGCGGCGGGCCGGGCAACGGCGUACUGGCGCCUGCGCAGGCGACGCGGGACACGAAGCCCGAGCCCGGCGUGGCCUACGGGGGCACGGCCUUCUGGGAGAUCCGGUGGGAGUGGCUCUCGCUCCUGCCAUCGCUGGUGGUCUGCUCCGCGGCGCUCCUGGCGGCCACGGUGCUGCUGACGGCGCGGCGGGAGGGCAAGGAGAAGGCGCCGGGGGCGGGGGCGGCGCCGAGGUGGAAGUCGAGCUCCCUCGGGCUGCUCUUCAGCUCGGUGCACGGGCUGGACGCGGGGCGGGUCGAGGCGGCCAAGUCGUCGAGCGCGGCGCUCGAGCACAUGUCUCGCAGCGUCUGGGUGCGAAAAUGGGGGAAGAAUGAGUUUACCGGGGUGCAGCAGCAGACAGGGGGGUGA